GGUCGACCAGUCGCCAUGACGGGGCCAGCUUACGCCCCGAAUGAUGCAGCCGGAGAAGGAGUGGCUGGCAGUGCGUCGGAUAGCCUCCUGGCAAGACUUUCAUCCAGCCCUGCUCCCAGCGGCAUGCCGACGUCCCAGUCGGAUAUUGAUUAUAAUGAUGCAAACGAAACGAGCUACUACUAUGAUGCUGGCUUUGCAAAAGCGGUAAACAUCACAUCUUUCACAAUCUACGGCAUCAUCAUCGCUAUCGGCCUGGUCGGAAACCUGGUCGUCAUCUUCAGCAUUCUCCGCACCUACCGUCGUAUCUCCUUCACCUCGAUGAUGCUGUGCAGUUUGGCCUUUGCCGAUCUCCUCUUCGCCGCCGUCUUCAUCCCUAUACAGCUCUACAGCAGCUACCAUGGCAGCUGGCAAUUCGGGUUUAUCGGCUGCUAUAUGGUGGCUUUCCUCUGGUUCCUCGGCCCGGCUUCUUCGGCGAUAAUGCUGCUCGUCAUUAGCGCUGAAAGGUACAUUGUCAUCAUCCACCCGCUACAAGCCAAAGUUUUGCUCACGAAAAAGAUGGGGUUGAUUAUCGUGAAUGUGACGUGGCUAAUAGCGAUUCUCUUGUCAUUAGUUUCGAUACCAUUCACAUCAUAUUCCGUUGUUGAUUAUGGGGGCGAACUUUACAACGUGUGCAAUCGGGAAACAACAACGUACACCGGCACGGUACUUAAGAUAAGCUUCUUCAUAGGGGUACUCUACGGCCUCCCCCUUAUCGGCAUGCUCUUCUGCAACAUCCGGGUAAUCAUAACCCUCCAUCGUAGCAGCCGUGUCACGCGAACCAUGCAGAGCGUGAAUCUCACCAAGGGCGUCUACAACAACGGCGUUCGGAGCUCGAAAGGCGGGGCGACCAGUACGGGAAGACUGAGCUGCGGCAUGGAAUCGGAGAUCAGCACCGUGGUCUCGCACGGCGGAACGAGCACCGGACCGAGUGGGGAUGCGACGUCCAACACGAAAGGCGGUGGGAAACGUAAAAGUAGGAUGCAUUCAACUCUGCAGGAGAGAAAGCGGGUCAUGGUUCUCCUCGGCAUCUUGGUGGUUACCUACGCGUUCCUUUGGGGCCCUCUGAUGUUCAUGCACAUCAUCAGUCUCCACGUGACGUUCAGUCACAAGGCCAAGAUCUUGCUCUCUCUCGCCUUCCACCUUCUCGCCAUGUCCAACAGCGCUAUAAAUCCGGUGGUCUACGCCCUCAUGUCGCGAAGCUUCAGAAAAGUCAUCAAGACCGCCUUCACCAUGUGUUGCACCCGCAUCCCAACGCCGCGUUUACCGCUGCGAAAUUACCGCUUCACGUCGACGCGUGACCGCGGUUCGAGUCUCUCUAACUCGACGCAAAUGACACAGUACUCGAUGCGGUCCAUCAAUAACGCAGACUCGGUGAAACGCACUAACGGAGCAAACCCGAAUGGGUAUAUAUACCUCCGUAACAACAAUGUCCACUAAUGCUUUAGGAAAGGCUUGAACUGUGGUAGCCAACAGAAGGACUCGACUUUGGACAUCGUUUGAAGUCGCUCUGAGUAAUUAUUAUCUCGGGAAAAAUGAACUUUGCAAUACCUUGACUGUUUGGGAAAAUGAUUCGAGGACUCUAAACGGGCAUAGUCACAACUUCGUUCUCGUCAUUUGCUUUUCAUUGAAUUAACCAUAAAACUAUUUAAAUCACAGAUAUUAUAAUCAAAUGGUUCCUCACGGAGGAUUUUGAUUUUCUAAUUUUACCACAAUAAGUAUUUUCCUUCUUUUGUCAAUAAACACUACCCUUUUUGCGCCUUUCGGCAUGUUUUAGAGAAUUAGAUUUAGUAGUAUCUAUUUAAAAAAAAAAUUAAAAAUCGUGUAAGAUGACAGUUCACUUUAUUCUUUUAUCCAACUUACAAUUCUCUAAAUUUUAACUAGUGAACACAGUGAAAAAAUGAUGUGGUCUGUAUAUUUCCUAAUUUAUCGUAAUUGAUUUAUUUAUUGAGAUAUAAGUAUUCCUGAUGUAAAUAACUGUUUUGCAUUCUAAGUGUCUUUCAAAUCACUGCUGCACGCAGCGAGUUGUAAAUAUUUAUUACUACAAUGUGUGUUAUUUUGUUUGGUGCGACGAUUACGUGUUUCAUCUAAAAUUAUUAGGAAAAGCAGUGCUAUUCAAAAGCAAAGACGAAACUGUGGGGUUGUAUGCUUUUUCCUUCAUUCGGAAUGUUGUUUGUCAGCAUGUUCACACUGGUACUUAAUAUGUGUGAGAGAAUUAUUGAAAUACAUUUUUAUGGCGUUUUUUACGAUUAUGUUAUGAUACAUAGACAUGCGACUAUUUAAGAACAUCCUCUUUGGCAGGGAUAUAAGAACAUGUGAAUCAGAGUUUCUCAUAGUAAUGGUUCCGAGCAUGAAAACAAUCCGGCUUUUGUUCUUCAAAUUACUCAAACUUGAUUAUAUCCUUAACGUAGUAUUAUUAUUUUAAAGCAUCGUUUUUAUCUCAAUAUUUUUUGUAUUGCGAAAAUUGCAUCGCAAUUUCUUUUUUACUACAACAUAAAACGAUGAUUGUUCAUGUAGCAGUACUAAACCAAUUUGCAUCCUGGCUCUAAGAUCCGACGUGUCCACUCAUGCAGCAGUCACGUUGUCACGUCGUCACGUUAUUAUGGACUUUUAGAUUUGCACGACGAGAACGUGGACUGCGAAAAUCCUUUUAAGGC